GAAGUUACCAGUAAAAUGUCGUCCUUGUACAAGCCGUUUUCCGUUUCAGACGGACCGUGUAGAGAUGCGAUUUUCAGACGGGGAUGCAGAUCACAGCAGCAUCCCGCAGCGUCGACCCCGAGUGCGCCGCCGUGUCUGCGUGCCGGCGUAGCGGGUAGUUUGAGCUCCAUUCGCAGCGUUUGCGCUGGAAAAAGGAGUUUAGCAGCGGCCGCGAUAGGCGGGAGGAAAGUCACUCACCCGGGAAAAGCGAUUCUUGCAGGUGGCAUUGCAGGAGCCAUUGAGAUCUGCAUCACCUUCCCCACAGAGUACAUAAAGACCCAGCUGCAGCUGGACGAGAGGGCCAACCCCCCUCGGUUCAGAGGGAUAGGAGACUGUGUGAGGCUAACGGUACAGGACCAUGGUCUGCGAGGGCUGUAUAGAGGACUCAGCUCACUGCUCUACGGCUCUAUCCCCAAGUCUGCGGUCCGGUUUGGGAUAUUUGAAGUUCUCAGCAACCCAAUGCGAGAUGCCAGUGGUCGGCUGGAUAACACUCGCAGCUGGCUGUGUGGGCUUGGGGCAGGCGUCGCUGAGGCCGUGCUGGUGGUCUGCCCAAUGGAGACUCUCAAGGUGAAGCUGAUCCACGACCAGUGCUCUCUUCAGCCACGGUACAGAGGAUUCUUCCAUGGUGUGCGUGAAAUCAUCCGUGAUCAAGGGGUUCGUGGGACAUACCAGGGUCUGACUGCAACAAUACUGAAACAGGGGUCCAACCAAGCGAUACGCUUUUAUGUCAUGAACCUUCUACGCAACUGGUACAAAGGCGAUGACCCAACACGCGAUAUGCACCCACUAGUCACAGCCAUAUUUGGCGCAACAGCAGGGGCAGCGAGUGUGUUUGGAAACACACCCCUGGAUGUGGUAAAGACCAGGAUGCAGGGUUUGGAAGCCCAUCGUUAUAAGAACACUCUAGACUGUGCUUUCCAGAUACUGAAAAACGAGGGGCCUCAAGCCUUCUAUAAAGGGACGGUACCGCGGCUAGGCCGGGUGUGCCUCGACGUGGCCAUCGUCUUUGUCCUGUACGAGGAGGUCGUCAAGCUUCUGAACAACGCGUGGCCAACUGACUGAGAGGGGUCAC